AUGUUUUUAUCAAAUCAACUAAGUUUAAAAUGCUAGACUCAUAAUAAACCUAUCAAUUCAAUAUGCAUUAAUGUAAAAUGCGAAUAGAAAACUAAAAUUAUUUGUGUGGAUUGUCGAAACGAAAAUAUCCAUUUUGGCUGUAAAAUUAAUGAUUUAAGUGAAAUUCAUUAAUUUGUAGAUAAUCAUUCUGUUUCAUUUAAAAAAGCAUUUUCAAUUGUUUCUGAUUUAGAAUAAUGGUUUUUAGGAAUGACAAAAAAUCUAAAAUAAGUAUUAGAGGGAUAUUAAGUUAGUGAUAUUUUUCAAUUCAUUUCUGAAUCAUAAGACUUAAAUUAAUUGGCAACAAUAUUACAUUAACUUCCUAUAUUGACCGAAAAAAUAUAGGAGAUCUCUUAAUUAACUCGGAAAGUUUUGGAGAAUUAUUUUUUAUAAUCAACUGAAUCGUUAUUAAAAUAUUAACAAAAUGACUUAAACAAGACCAUUGUAUAAAGACCGGGAUAUAAUAAUUUAUUACUCACUUAAAAGCUUAAGAAAUAGGAUUUAUAAUCGAUUGCAUUAUAAUAAAAAGAUCUAACAAUAGAUGAAUUAUUUGAAAAUGGAAAAUAAUAACUUUAAGAAAAUAAUUUCAAAAAAGCUAUUGAUUAUUUUGAAUAAAUACAUUAAAAAGAUCCAUAAAACACAAUAGCUUUAGAAUUAUUAGGUAGGAAUACUAUUUAAUCUAGGGAUUGCAUUAAAAAAAUUAGACUAUUAAAAUUCUGCUCUGUAAAUUAGUCAAACAAUUUAAGAGAAUCCUUUAGAUAAAAUCUUACUAAAGGGUAAUGAAUAUUUUAUUUAAAAUAGGACAAGUGUUAUAUAAAUAAAAAUAAUACAGCUAAGCUAUUGAAUAAAUCAAAAAAGACAUCAAAGAUUUAUCCAUAGAAAUAGAAUAAAAAUAAUUAGAAAAAUUAAAUUUUUUGUUAUGUAAUAAUUAAAAUAAUUUAAGUUAAAUGCUAUUUAAAGAAUAAUUAAUUUUUAGAUGCAUAAGAUAUAUCUAAGUAACUUACAAACGAUCUGAAAAUAAUUUAGAAGGAAUUUGGUAAUUAAAAUAAUCAGUUUUAUAGCAAAAUUUAACGUAAAAAAUGGAAAAUUAAAGGAAGUUGAAUAAUAUUUACAAAAUAUGUCAAAACCUAAUGAAGAUGAUUUUGGAAAUAAAAAGAUUUAAAGUAUUCCUUAAAUUAUAUUAGUUUAAUUGAAUUAUGAAAAAGGUGAAUAUUAAAAUUGUUUGAAGCUUAUAAAUGAGUAAUUGAAGAAAAAAAUAAAAAUAAAAGAUCAGGAAAACUUAAAAAAUUUAAAAAAAAAUUGUUUAGUAAAAUUAAAUUAUGAAUAAUCAAAAUAUGAUGAGGCUAUGGCUUGUUGGUUAAAUUUCUUUUAUAAAAAAGAGGACGAUUCUGAUAAUAAUUAUAUUAUAGGGCUUUGCCUAUCAGAGAAUAAAAUGUAUUCAUCAGCAAUUCAAAUUUAUAAUAAAAUAUUAAUAAAAAAUAGUAAUCAUACUGAAGCAAAAACUAAAAAAUGUAUUUUGUAAAUAAAAAUUAGAAUAUGCUGAAGAAUAAAUAAAAUAACUAAGUGCUGAUUUAACUCAAUCAUAACAAGUAUCCGUUUAAUAAAGUGCAAGUUUGAAAAACUUUAGAAUAAAUAAGCCUAUAGCAUCAUCGUAAAUCUGUUUUUCGGCAAGAUUUAAUACAGAAACUUUUAGUGAAACUAAUAAUUCUAAAUUAUCAUAAAUCUAAUGUUCAUAAAUAGAUCCUCUAUUUUUAGUAAAACUUUUGGUUGAUUAUAAUCAUAUUGAAGUUAGUAAAUUUAUCGAUAAAAUUAUUUAAUCAGCACCAAAAGAUAUCUAGCUAUUAUUAUUAGAAGCCAAAUUUUAUAUUAAAAACAUAAAUUAUUUUUCUUAUUAAGAAUAAUAGAAAGUUUAAAAAAAAGUUUGUAAAUCAUUACAUUAUUUGAUGUCUCAAACCUGGAAUAAUACGCAAAACAAAAUUUAUUAAGAAGCUAGAAAUCUUUAAAUUUAAUUUGAUCAAAUAACAAAUUAGAUUAGACCUCAAACUGCUAAUUGCAUAUUCCCUAACAUUAAUGAAAAAUAUUUCAAAUGA